GUCUCUGGGCUAGUCGAGGCUUCUUACUACGCUGUAGGCUGAAACACGCGGAGAAAGCAGGCGGCGGGUUCCGGCCGAGAGGCCCGCACAGUCCUUGGGGCAUCUGCCCGCCUCGCUCCCCGCCUCCUCCCCCCGGUCGGGGGAGGCGGCGUGUCCGGCCGAGGAUUGCGGGGCAGGGCUGGAGAGCCAUGAGCAGCCCGGAUGCGGGAUACGCCAGUGACGACCAGAGUCAGACCCAGAGCGCGCUGCCCGCCGUGAUGGCUGGGCUGGGCCCCUGCCCCUGGGCCGAGUCGCUGAGUCCCCUUGGGGACAUGAAGGUGAAGGGCGAGGCGGCAGCGAGCAGCGGAACGCCGGCCGGGGCGGCGGGCCGAGCCAAGGGCGAGUCUCGCAUCCGGCGGCCGAUGAACGCGUUCAUGGUGUGGGCUAAGGACGAACGCAAGCGGCUGGCGCAGCAGAACCCAGAUCUGCAUAACGCCGAGCUCAGCAAGAUGUUGGGCAAGUCGUGGAAGGCGCUGACGCUGGCCGAGAAGCGGCCCUUCGUGGAGGAGGCCGAGCGGCUCCGAGUGCAGCACAUGCAGGACCACCCCAAUUACAAGUACCGGCCGCGGCGGCGCAAGCAGGUGAAACGGCUGAAGCGGGUGGAGGGCGGCUUCCUGCACGGCCUCGCCGAGCCACAGGCGGCUGCCCUGGGCCCCGAGGGCGGCCGGGUGGCCAUGGACGGCCUGGGCCUGCCCUUCCCCGACCAGGGCUUCCCCGCGGGCCCGCCGCUGCUGCCUCCGCACAUGGGCGGCCACUACCGCGACUGCCAGGGCCUGGGCGCGCCCCAGCUCGACGGGUACCCGCUGCCCACACCCGACACGUCCCCGCUGGACGGCGUGGAGCCCGACCCGGCCUUCUUUGCUCCGUUGUCCGGGGAUUGCCCGGCGGCCGGCAGCUACAGCUACGCGCAGGUCUCGGACUAUGCGGGGCCACCGGAGCCUCCUUCCGGCCCCAUGCAUCCACGGCUCGGCCCGGAGCCUGCGGGCUCCGCAAUGUCGGGCCUCCUGGCGCCCCCCAGCGCCCUGCACAUGUACUACGGUGCGAUGGCUUCGCCGGGGGCGGGCGGCGGGCGCGGCUUCCAGAUGCAGCACCAGCACCAGCACCAGCAUCCGCACCAGCAGCACCCGCCGGGGCCCGGGCAGCCGUCACCCCCUCCUGAGGCACUGCCCUGCCGAGACAGCGCGGACCCCAGCCAGCCCACGGAGCUCCUGGGGGAGAUGGAUCGCACGGAAUUUGAACAGUAUCUGCACUUUGUGUGCAAACCUGAGAUGGGUCUCCCCUACCAGGGACACGACUCCAGUGUGAAUCUCCCGGACGGCCACGGGGCCAUCUCCUCGGUGGUGUCCGAUGCCAGCUCUGCGGUAUAUUACUGCAGCUAUCCUGACGUGUGACAGGUCCCCAUCUGCCCGUCUGUAGGCCAGAAGCAGUGUUACACACUUCCUGAAGGGGCUAAGGAAAUCCUCAGCUUCUUGUUUUGUUUUGUUUUUUAAGUUGCCUUGGCAAAUAAUUUAUGGUAAUUUAUUUUGUCUGCCACUUGAAUAGUUGGGGGCGUGGGGUUUUGUUUAAAAUUUGUUCCCCAUAGGUUUGCAUUGUCAAAACCCCAUUUCUAAGUUCAAGUCAACCAGUUUGGAAUGUCUCAAAACACCUUGCUCCAUUUCCUGAAAAUUUAUUGAUCAUAGAAAUUUUGUUCUGGGUUUUUUUUUUUUUCUUAAUCUACUUAAAAAAUAAAAUCUGGAAUCUUG